AUGCGAGGAUGUCUGCAAUUAGGCCGAUGGCUGAGCGCAGCACCGAGAUGCCAGGCCGCAAACCUCCGACCAACUGCCUUUUUGUAUAGACCCAGCCGGGCUUUUUCUACGAGCACGAUAUUUAAUGCCCGUUCCAAAAUCAUACCCAUCAAGCCGGACGCCGACCUCGAAUCCCGAAUCGCCGCCAUUCCGAUCGAACGCUUCCGCAACUUCUGCAUCGUCGCACAUGUCGAUCACGGCAAGAGCACACUCUCCGACCGAUUGCUCGAAUUGACGGGUACGAUCCAGCCAGGAACCAAUAAGCAAGUUUUGGAUAAACUUGACGUUGAGCGCGAGCGCGGAAUCACUGUGAAGGCGCAGACAUGUACAAUGAUCUACAAUCACCAAGGCGAGGAUUACUUGCUACAUUUGGUUGAUACUCCUGGCCAUGUGGAUUUCCGCGCUGAAGUAUCGCGCAGUUAUGCCAGUUGUGGCGGAGCGAUUCUCUUAGUCGAUGCCAGUCAGGGUGUCCAGGCGCAAACAGUUGCCAAUUUCUACCUGGCAUUCGCCCAGGGUCUUGAAUUGAUCCCGGUUCUCAACAAGGUUGACCUACCGUCAUCGGAUCCAGAGCGGGCUUUGGAACAGAUGCGAACCACCUUUGAGCUUGAUACAGAAAAUGCCGUCAUGGUAUCCGCAAAGACAGGUUUGAAUGUUCCGGCUAUUUUACCGACAGUUGUGGAGAAGAUCCCUGCACCUAUCGGUGAUUCUGAAAAACCUCUUCGUAUGCUACUCGUGGAUUCCUGGUACGAUGCAUACAAGGGUGUGAUCUUGCUGGUCCGCGUUUUCGACGGCGAAGUGCGUGCAGGUCAGCAGCUGGUUUCCUUCGUGACUGGACUCAAAUACUACGUUGGUGAGGUUGGGAUCAUGUAUCCCACCGAAACUGCCCAAAAGGUCCUUCGUGCCGGCCAGGUUGGGUACAUUUACUUCAACCCAGGCAUGAAACGAAGUAAAGAGGCCAAAAUUGGAGACACAUUUACUCGAGUUGGAUCGGAAAAGCUCGUCGAACCUCUGCCUGGGUUUGAAGAGCCGAAAUCGAUGGUCUUCGUGGCAGUGUACCCCGUGAAUGCGGACCAUUUCGAGCAUCUCGAGGACAGCGUCAACCAGCUGAUCCUCAACGAUCGAAGCAUCACGGUGCAGAAAGAGUCAUCAGACGCUCUGGGCGCCGGUUUCCGUAUGGGAUUCUUGGGAACUCUGCACUGCUCUGUAUUCGAAGAUCGCCUACGACAGGAACAUGGUGCUAGUAUUAUCAUCACACCACCCUCCGUUCCAGUCAAAGUCAUAUACCGGGAUGGUAGGGAAGAAAUUAUCACCAACCCUGCCAAAUUCCCCGAUGAUGAGGGUGCGCGUCUCAAGGUAGCAGAGGUCCAAGAGCCGUAUGUUCUGGCUACCCUGACGUUCCCGGAAGAGUACCUGGGCAAGGUCAUUGAGCUUUGUGAGGCCAACCGUGGUGAGCAACUCAGCAUUGAGUAUUUCACGACUACUCAGGUCAUCAUGAAGUACCAACUGCCACUUGCACACCUGGUGGACGAUUUCUUCGGAAAGCUGAAGGGUGGCACCAAGGGAUAUGCCAGUCUGGACUACGAGGAGUCUGCAUGGCGAGCGGGUAAUAUCGUCAGACUUCAACUCUUGGUCAAUAAAGAGCCUGUCGAUGCGGUUGCACGAAUCAUGCAUCUGAGCCAAGUGAACCGACAAGGAAGACUGUGGGUCACCAAAUUCAAGCAGCACGUUGACCGUCAGCUUUUCGAAAUCAUCAUUCAAGCUGCCGUUGGCAAGAAGAUCAUUGCGCGUGAGACUAUCAAGCCAUACCGCAAGGACGUUCUGGCAAAAUUACACGCCAGUGAUGUGAGUCGGCGACGCAAGCUGCUCGAGAAGCAGAAAGAAGGUCGCAAGAAGCUGCGUGCCGUUGGAAACGUGGUCAUCGAGCAUAAGGCCUUCCAAGCAUUCUUGGCGAAAUGA